GGCGGGGACCUUGACUUGUCUCGCGGUUACUGGGCGGGCGCGAGCGCGCGAGCCUUAGGGGGCGGUGCGGGGCGGAGCCUAGCCCGAGUAGGCGCUGCAGAUCUCAGCUCAGCGUCACUGCUCGCGGAGCUGAGGUCGGCUCAGGUGAGGUGGUCGACCCGGAAGUGGCUGUGCUGUGGCCUUUGGGUGUUGUUAGGAUCCUGCAGCGGAGUUGUUGCUAAGGGGGAGCGGCCUCACCCCGCUUCCUCCACCUACCCUGAAACAACCAUGACGAAAGGCAGAGCGGUCGAAAGAUCGCAAACGGCGGCACUCCAUUCGACCCCUCCGGGGGACAAGGCAGCGGGGACGCGGGGUCCCUCGACGCCGGGCAGCAGAGACCACCUGAAAGAGAAAGCCUGUGCAGAAGCUGGCUCAGCACGAAUGUCACUUCUUAUACUGGUGUCCGUUUUCCUGUCUGCGGCUUUUGUUAUGUUUUUGGUAUAUAAAAAUUUUCCUCAGCUUAGUGAAGAAGAAAGAGUGAAUAUGAAGGUUCCCAGAGAUAUGGAUGAUGCCAAGGCUCUAGGAAAAGUUUUAUCCAAAUAUAAGGACACCUUUUAUGUACAAGUACUUGUAGCUUAUUUUGCUACAUAUAUUUUCUUGCAAACAUUUGCUAUUCCGGGCUCUAUAUUUCUCAGUAUACUCUCAGGGUUUCUUUAUCCCUUUCCACUAGCCUUAUUUCUUGUUUGUUUGUGUUCUGGACUCGGUGCCUCAUUCUGCUAUAUGCUCUCCUAUUUAGUUGGGAGGCCAGUUGUAUAUAAAUACCUAACAGAGAAAGCAGUAAAAUGGUCACAACAGGUUGAACGUCACAGAGAACAUCUCAUUAACUACAUUAUAUUUUUGAGAAUAACACCAUUUCUGCCUAAUUGGUUUAUUAAUAUUACAUCUCCUGUGAUAAAUGUGCCCUUGAAAGUUUUCUUUAUUGGCACUUUUCUAGGUGUUGCACCUCCCUCUUUUGUAGCAAUUAAGGCAGGAACAACACUAUACCAGCUUACAACAGCAGGGGAAGCUGUUUCCUGGAACUCAGUAUUUGUUCUAAUGAUUUUGGCUCUUCUUUCUAUUCUGCCAGCCAUCUUCCAGAAAAAACUAAAGCAGAAAUUUGAGUGAAUAAUCCUCUGGGUUUUAGUUUUCCCAUAGUCAUCAUCAUCAUCUCAGGAUUGGCAGGUUUAUGUGUUACAAUCACCUCUUCAGUAAUUGGAACAGGAGUUUGUAAAAUAAAAUUUCUUAUCAGAUGGUUAAAAUAAUGCGUUUAAGUGGCAAAGGAGAGAAGAAAGUAAAAGUGGAAAUUGGUAUACAUACUAUGAAAAGUGCUGUCAGUAGUUACGAUAGACAUCUCUUAAAUUACUAUUCCAAGACUAUAGGUAUUAAGCAUAGCAGGAUAGUAGGAAAUUCUUGACCCAGCUGAUUAAUUCAAUUUAAUAUAUUUCAUGAGCUUGCCGUAAAUAGUUACCCUUGACUUGAUAAUUUAAUGUUUUUCUCUCUGUUCAGUACUAUAGCUAAAAUAGGAAAAGCAAAUACAAAGUUCAAAAGCAAAGAUACAGUAUUGCUGUUCUGACUAAUGUCAAGCCUUUUUUGAGAGCAUAAACUUGAAAACUAAAGCUCAAAAGAGAUUUACAUUUUCUUCCUCUUUUUACCUUUGAGAUAAUAAACUUGUUUAAAAGUUGCAUCUUCAGUGGACUACUGAAUUUGGAAAAGAUAUCAAGUUAUAUCUAUUUGGUGAACUUUAUUUUUAUCUUCUGUUCUAGAUUAUCAUGGAUUAGUCUGAAAUUUAAAAUUCUGACCAGUCUCUUUUCAUCUUUUUUCUAGUUUUCAAAAUAUUUACACUGUGCAUAUACACAAUUCCAAUUGUAUCAUAUUGGUGUUGAUAAUUUAUAUUCAGAUAAUAUUUUAUUACAUGGUUCCCCUUUACUAUCUCAAAAGGGGAUCAAAAAAGCAAACAUUCAAAGUAUGCAGUUUUUAGAUGUUAGAUUAAUUAUAUUACUUAAUAUUUUGAAACAAAAGCAGUGGCAGUAUAACACUUAAGUGGUUGAACAUAGUUUAUUUGUUCCAAUGACUGUAAAAUUUAUCAGAUUUAUUUAUUAGUCUGGUCAUUAAAGUAUGUAUUAUGUAAUUAUCCUUUUUAUGCAUGAUACAUAAGAAUGCCUUGUUUCAUUUCUCUAUUGAUGGCUUUAUUGUUUGGGGCUGCUUUUGAUUAAUGCAGUUUCCCUAUUGAGGGUUUUUACUUUUUAUAUCUCAAAGUAAAAUUAAAUUCUCAUAUGGUAACUACUAUAUUUAAAUAGUCCUGGAAAAACCAAACAGCUUUUUGCUGCUUCCUUAAUGGUAAUACCCUCGAUUCCUUGAUUCUAGGACAUGAAGUGCUCUGUCAGUUUUACCUUCACCCAAGACUGUCAUGUUGAAAAGUACUUUAGCUGUGGAAGAAAUCCUUCUAUGUUUUUAUUGUGAGAGGUAUGAUCAGCCUCAAAGCCUGUUUCUACUGUAUAAUGUGGACUGAUUAUUUUUUCUAUCACAGUAUUAACAAAUGGAUUUAUUGUAAAUACAAAGAAAAUAUAUUCAUUAAUAUACUAUUCUUAUGUCA